CUCAACAUCCAAGCACUUUUUGGGACUACAAAUUCACACCCCAACCCUCACCUAUUCCCUCAUAUUGUUGUUCAUUCAAUUCUCCUCCUUCUGUCUUUCUUCAUCCUCUCUCCCUCCAAUACAAUAGCCUUUCACUGCAAUCCAAGAGCACAACUCCUUUCUUCUUUCCUUUUAUUGGAUGAGUUACUCCUUUGUUCUUCCUCUGCAUCUCUCUUUCUCACUUUACUAAGCAAUAGCAACUCUUCACUGAAAAUUUCAAAGCAAAUCUUUUGAUUUUCAUUUUUGAAAUUUCAAAGCAAAGGAGAUCGUUAUGGCAACGAUUGUGUGUCAAGGAUUGCAGUCAUGUCUAGACAACACCCAUACUGUCGAGCCAAAGAAAGUGUGGCUCAAAGUCUCUUCACCAACACCACACUUCUCUCAACCCCUCGAAUUAGCAUUAAGAUCUUGUUUCUCGGAUUCCAAAACCAAAGAAACUGGGCAAAAAUACCGCACUGAGGAGGUUUGCAACAAGCCCUGUAACUCCUUAAACAGUCACAGCUCCUCAAACCCUGACUUGGGAGGCUGGAGUUUCCUCCAAGCUAUCUCCACAAACCCCGAAGGUCCCAAGGAAACAAUGGAUCAGAAAGAAAAAGUCUAUGUCCAUCCUCUUGUGAAGCGCUCCUCGUCCAUGCUUAGUGAGAAAAGCUUGCAAUUGUGCACUGAAAACCUGGGCAACGAAACGGGCACCGAAAUCAACGAAGGCAAUCUUUUUUCGCUGCCUUCAUCGGACUCCAAGAGGAGGAAUUUGCCGACAAGGGAGCAAAAUAAAUCUAGUCAACUUUCUGGUGCUAAGAAAGUUAAUACUCAAAAUUUUCCACCUCCAUUAACAACAAUGAGCGGCUCGGAAUCUCUACGAGUUCGGCCCCACCGAGAAGACGGACGGCUGAUAAUCGAAGCCAUCAAGGCUCCUACAACGCAGAGUUAUUUUCAAGCUGAACGCAGUAAUGGCCGCCUUGUACUGCGCUUUGUGAAAACUUGCACUACUCCCAGUAUCGAGUCAGAGGAAGCUGAUGAUAAGAAUGAAGAAAAUGGAGCGAGCAAUGAAGCGGGCAAUGGAAAAGAACGAUUUGACAGUGAUGCCAUUGAAGAAAAACAACAAGUGGAAGAAGAAGAAGAAGAAAAAGAAGAGGAGGAGGAUUGGGAUAACGAAGGAGAAAGGGACGUGCACUUGGUGGGUGAGGGGAUGGAUGGUAAUUAUAAAAAAAAUGGUGAGAUCGAAAUGAGAAAGGAAAAGUUUGAGAGGCCAAGAAGGUGCAAAGAAGAUGAACAGCAUGGGAAAAACAGAUUGUUAGAGUGGGAGCCCUUGUGGGUGGCUACCUCCUAAACCUCUUUUUUUUUGGUUUUUCCUUCUUUUUUGGGGAUUUUGGAUCUCUAGAUCACUACCAUGUUCCGCAAUUUUAGUGUUUGUUAUCUUUCCUUUUUCUCUUCUUCAAUGAAUUCCCUAAUCUCCUCA